CACCAGUUGUACCCAAUGACCGACUUCUCUCACUAAUACAUCACGCCGCUGAUAAACUACAACUCCCGGCAUGCCCCAGAGUGGGGAUGCUUACAUAUACAGUGACAACGCGAAAUAGUUCCCAGCAGCUCAUCGUGAUACGCCGCGCCAAACAAAAGCUCACUGUAUUCACUGUAGCGGCUGGUUUCUAAUAUAGGCCACCGUCCAUUCCAAUGUGAGAGGAGGAUGCAGCGGAGGAAUAUAGUACAGUGACCGGGCCUUUAUCGCGUACGGCGUGCGCUUUACGUGUCCGCCGGUUGCUAAGUAGCCAGUACGGAGGCGAGAGAAGCGGCGUAGCUCCCUGGUAAUCCCGUAUAUUCUGCUGUCACUCAGCCGGCCGGCCUGUGUCACCCUGACGGGAGAGAAAAACCUUAGCAAUUGUUUGCUGGAGUUGUAGGAGAUGGAUGGUGCUGUUCCUGUUGUUCCACCUUCCUCUGGUGACAUUGAGGAAACCAAAGAGAAUGUAGACCCUCCAUUCACUGGGAUCCAAAGCACGGACUGCUCCAAGGUUCAUGAAGGGCCACAAGAACCAACCUCCCAGCAAGAAGACAAAGACCUAACACUACACCAAAAUGAGGAACAGCAGGUGCUAGAUAGUGGAGAGCUGAAACAAGAUGAAGAGCAGCAAAGACCUCGGCGAGGGGGGUGGACCAAAGGACGCAAGAGGAAAAGAAGCCCUCGAGACAACAGUGCCCCUAAAGCACCACUGACCGGAUAUGUGCGUUUUAUGAAUGAGAGACGCGAGCAGCUCAGAGCUGAGCGGCCAGAUGUUCCCUUUCCAGAGAUCACCAGAAUCGUGGGCAGCGAAUGGAGCAAGUUGCCAGCUCAUGAGAAACAGCAUUACCUGGACGAAGCGGAAAGAGACAAGGAACGGUAUACAAAGGAACUGCAGCAGUAUGAGAAACCAGAGGCCUUCCGAUCUUACAGCCACAAGGCACAGAGUCGUCAGAAGGGGAGGCAGCAGAGGCAGGAAGGAUCUCGUACAAUCUCCAGAGACCCUGAGAAAGAAUGUGUUCUAAAGGAGAGACCGGUGUUUGAUAUACCAAUCUUCACAGAGGAAUUUUUGAAUCACAGCAAAGCUCAGGAAGCAGAGCUACGACAGCUCAGGAAAUCAAACAUGGAGUUUGAGGAGCGCAAUGCAGCUCUGCAAAAACAUGUGGAAAGCAUGCGAUCUGCAGUGCAGCGGCUGGAGGCUGAGCUCAGUCAAGAACAAGGGAGAAACACCCUGCUACUACAGCAUCUACAGAAUGUCCGCCAGACUCUUACACACUGCCUACGUGCUGUCCCUAUUCCAGGGACUGCCGAAACACCUACCUUGGAAACCAUUGACUCUUACAUGAGCCGCCUGCAGAGUGCUGUACUGACACAUCCCAAGGAAAGUGAAGCUCUUAUCUCUGGUGUGCGAGAAGUGUUAAGUCAGCUCGAGGGUUGAGGAUGGAACUCCCAAUCCUUGAAAAACAUGAUGAUCUUCACUCUUUUCCUAGGUGACGAUAGAGACUCCUGCACAUUUGUACAAUAGUCACAGUGAUAUAAAAGGAAUAUGGUGGAUUUAAUCAACAUUCCGUUCUUCUCUGUUUACUCUGCUGUGUAUGUGCCAAAGCACUGCAUGCAGUAUAUCAAUAAAAACUUCAUUGUGUGAACUGUA